AUGCCCCUUGCCGCCUCGACCUCGUCUUCGCCCGUCGCCACCCUGUCCGUCGCAGCCCGGAGCACGAUCUCGCCGGUGCCUCAUCCCCACCGGCCUGCUUCCUUCUUCGUCGUCGUCUCCGACCACCACCCCAAGCACCGCUGCCCGAACCCCUACCGGCCCCGUGAGCACGCGCCCCUCCCUCCUCUCUCUCCCUCGCCCCGACGUGCUCCUGCGCGCGCACCCGCGACCGGCCACCGCACAGAUGUGCACGCGCACCUGACCGCGCCCUCCUCCCCGCGCAUCGCGUCCGUCCUGUUGCAGCCGUGCUGCUCCACUGCCGCGGCUCUGCUCCGCCAGCGCCGCCCGCCUGCGUCGCGCCUAGCGCCGCCACCCGCCUGCGCCGCUGUCCGCUGUUGCUUCUACUGCUACUGCCGUGCUGCAACUCGCAUGGCCGUGCACUCCUCGCGGCUCCCGGCCGAACCGCCUCUGCCGCCGUUGCCCUCCUCCAGUUGCCGCGCCUCUGCCCUUCCUCCGCCCCGCAGCUCCCCGCGCCCGGGGCUGCUUCCGCCGUCGCCGGCCAUCGAGGCCUCGGGCGCGCUCGCCCUCGCCUCUCGUGGCCUCAGGUGCGAGCACCCGCACCUGUACGCACGUUAG